AUGGCGUCGCAAAUUCGACUGCUGGCUGUAGCAGCCAUGGCGGGAAUGGCAUCGGCAGCCGCCCCAGCAGCGGCGACUGGAGCCGCCGCUGUGGCGGCGAAGGAGGCAGCAAAUAAGGCUGACGACCUCAAUGAGCAAUUCUACAACUACAUUUUCAUCGUGCUGGCCUCGCUCAUUGCGGCGUUGACGAUAUGGAGGGUCGUAAUCGAGAGCGUCAAAUAUGUCCGCACCUUGACAUGCUUGAACAACGACACCCAACGAUACUUUGCAACUCCGUCAAGCGCCUUUGCCAGCCUUAAGAAGCAUGUUCUUUAUGCACCAAUCUUCGGCAAGCGACACAAUCGGGAAUUUCAAUUGUCAGCAGCCGUGAAUGUCGGGACUCUGCCAACUCGGUUUCAACUGAUGUUUCUCCUGUCGUACUUUGCCACAAAUGUCAUCUUCUGUGUCGCUGACAUUUCAUACGGCCAACCGUUGACUGUGGUGUGCACGCAGAUAAGGAACCGCAGUGGAAUACUUGCCGUGGCCAAUAUGAUUCCCUUAUUCAUUAUGGCAGCACGAAACAACCCCCUCAUUAACUGGUUGAACUUGUCCUUUGAUACUUUCAAUUUGCUGCAUAGAUGGGUCGGAAGAAUCGUUGUUCUUGAGGCUGUUGCCCACACAGUCGCCUGGACAGUGUCCAAGGUCUCUACUUCAGGCUGGGCUGCGGUAGGGGCCUCCAUUACAGGAAGCCCUUUGAUAAUGUGGGGGUUUAUCGGCACCGUAAGCUUCGUUGUGAUCUCCAUCCAGGCCAGUUCCCUACUUCGCCAUGCCUUUUAUGAGACAUUUAAAUACCUUCAUAUUGCUCUGGCUAUCCUCGCUAUCAUCGGCCUCUGGUUCCAUCUUAAGAUCGCCGGUGUCCCCCAGAUGAAGCUCCUUUAUGGUGUCAUCGCACUCUGGGUACUAGAGCGUACUGUGAGAAUAAUCAUACUCUUAUACAGGAAUGUUGGGAAGGGAGGAAGCAAAACAUUGGUUGAAGCUCUUCCAGGGAAUGCUGUCCGCAUUACCGUCGAUCUACCCCGCCCAUGGACUUUCAAACCUGGUCAACACGCCUAUCUGUACAUGCCAUCCUUCGGGCUGUUCACUUCUCAUCCUUUCACGGUUGCGUGGUCGGAGGAAACCGAGAAUCCCGAGGGCGAGAAGCUUGCAAUGAAUCGUCAAGAUGUCCUAGCAAUGAAAAAGACCAGCUUAUCAUUCAUCGUCCGAGCGAGAACUGGAUUCACCAACACACUGUUCAAGAAGGCAGAGGCAGCUCCGUCCGGAAGACUUUAUACGAAGUGCUAUGCUGAGGGUCCUUACGGUGGCAUGCAUAUGAUGCAUUCAUAUGGAACGGUAAUGAUGUUCGCAGGCGGAGUUGGGAUCACACAUCAAGUACCUCAUGUCCGCGACCUCGUCGCAGGCUAUGCCAAUGGAGUCGUCGCUGCCCGAAAGAUUGUCCUCGUUUGGAUCAUCCAAUCCCCAGAGCACCUUGAGUGGAUCAGACCAUGGAUGACCUCUAUUCUGGCCAUGGAUAAGAGACGCGAUGUCCUUCGCAUCAUGCUAUUCGUCAGUCGUCCUCGGUCAACCAAGGAGAUCCACAGCCCCUCAGCAACUGUCCAGAUGUUCCCUGGUCGGCCCAACAUCGAUACACUUAUGGACAUUGAGAUGGAAAAUCAGGUCGGAGCAAUGGGUGUCUCUGUUUGCGGAGGUGGGUCGCUGAGCGACGACGUUAGAAGAGCCGUGCGCAUGCGUCAACAUGCUGGCAAUAUUGACUUCGUUGAAGAGGCUUUCUCAUGGUAA